AUGGAUGAAAUUAAACUAAGUGAUGAUGUAUUCGAACAAAUAAAAAAUUUUACUCAUUAUCGCCUGACUGAAGAACAAGAAUCGUUAAUUGAUAAACUAAUAACAGACAAAGAAUUAAAAGAACGUUAUAAAAAAAAUGGGUUUUGUAAAAUUUGUAAACAGCCUAGACCUAAUUAUUUAUAUUGUCAGUCAUGUAAUUCACAAUAUUUUAAACAAAAUUUUAAAAAUUGGACAAGUGAAAAUCAUGACGUUGAUGAAUUUAUUCAAAAAGCACAAUUAAAUGCUAAAUUUUUUUUUCAAAUCAUAGAGUGGAUUGAAUAUGAUAAAUUUGAAGAUGCUGAAUAUUUAGCAAAAGGGGGAUUUGGAAUUACUUUUAAAGCGGUUUGGAAAGAUGGUCCUAUUCUCUAUUGGGAUUGUAACAAUAAUCAAUGGAAAAGAAAAGGACAAAAAAAAGUUGCUUUAAAGUACUUACAUAAUUCACAAGAUAUUACUGUAGAUUUUUUAAAAGAAGUUGAAUCAAAUAUUUUAGUACGUGGUUAUGUUGAUUGUAUAGUUCCUUGUUUUGGUAUUACCAAAGAUCCAAAAACAAAUAAUUUUAUGAUGGUGAUGGAUUUAAAAAAUGGUAGUUUAAGACAAUAUUUAAAUAACAACUUCAUUUCACUUAAUUGGAAGCAAAAGUUGACUAGUUUAUAUAAUAUUGCAUGUGGUCUUAGAAAUAUUCAUAAUAAAGGAUUUAUUCAUCGUGAUUUUCAUUGUGGAAAUAUAUUAAGCAAUUUUAAAGAUUUUCUAUUUAUUACUGAUUUGGGAUUAUGUCAACCAGCAAAUGUUAAAUCCUCUCAAAAUAGAAAUAAAAAAAUAUAUGGUGUAUUACCUUAUGUAGCUCCAGAAGUUUUAAGAGGAAAUGAAUAUACUCAAAAAAGUGAUAUUUAUGGAUUUGGAAUCAUUGCAUAUGAAAUUUGUACAGGUUUCCCUCCUUAUCAUGAUAUAACCCAUGAUGAUUUCUUAGCCAUGAAAAUUUGUCAGGGUUUGAGACCAAAAUGUGAUUAUAAAAUCCCUCAACUAGUUGCUGUUAUAAUUAAUCAAUUUUGGGAUGCAGACCCUUUAAAACGACCUAAUGCAGAUGAAUUAUGCAAGUUAAUAUUAGAAUUGCUUCAUGAUAUUAGGGACAAUAAAGUGGAUUCUAUAAUUUAUAGGCAAGUUAAAGAAACAGAUGAUAUUAAUAAAAAGUUAUCUUUUUCAUCACCUUUAAUAUCUACUGGUACUCUAUCAUAUGAGACACAUCCUCAAGCAGUUUAUACAAGUAGACUGUUAGAUUUUAAAAAUCUUCCAAAACCCAAAAAUGCAGACAAUGAUGAUUUAGAAUAUUCAGAUUCUUUAAGAAUGGAUUUUACUAAACUUGAUAUUAAUUCUAAAGAUAAAAGAAAUUAA